GUAAACUGCUUGUGUUUGAUUUAUUGUAGAGAAGACAAAUAAUACAGUUUCAAGAACAGAUCAAAAGGGUAGGUAGGAUGUACAGUACAAUGUUGAAGUGUUUUUGCAGCAAAACUUGUGCCAAUACCUGCCUGUAUUUGUGUUACAUGUCAAAAUUAAAUUCAGGUUUUUCAACCUAUAAAUCUGGACAAAAGUCCUCAGGACAGCAAUUUCAGUAUUCAUAAGUUUCUGUAAUUUCUGGGUUCCCUCAUAAAAGAGUGCAUCCUUUGGAAACAUUUUCUUGCAGUUCUCCCUCCCCCCACCCUAUACGAAGCGGAAACUCGGAGAAAAAUUCUGGAUGCAUUUAUCCAAUGUUAUUUUUGGGUUAAGGGGAGGGGUUGGGUAUUUUUGAAUUGUAACAUGCCCCAGAAAUGCAAGUCUCCCAAAAUUUUGUUCUUGAUUGUAGGUUGAUUCUCAGUUUCCUUUGUCUCUUAGCCCUAAUUCAUGAAUACACAUGUAAUCAGGGCUAGGAGACAAGAGAAAUGGAGAAUCAAUAAUGUAGUAUGAUUGUAACUUUUUUGUUUUUUUUUAUACAGUGCGCUAAACCCUACUAUCCUACUACUGACCUUGGUGUCACCUACAAUGUAGUAACUGUAAUUUUUUUUUCUAGGAGAGAACAGAGUUAGCCAACAAACAGUUACUAGAACAGCGAUCACUCAAAGAACAACUUGAGGUGAGACGCAAGUGCCUGCCACUACAUAUGUACUACUGUAUUCUUUUAUUCUUUUUACACUCUUCCAGUGACGUUCCUAUGUAAUCGUACUCUUUGGGGUAUUUGUGAGCAAACUGAAACUGUAGUGAUACAAGUACAUGUAUGCAGUAACUUGUCAGCAUUACAGAAUUUGGAUUGUGUCUAUAAGAAUAAUUAACAAUUAUUGGACGAGGUUGAGCAAAAUAUCGUGAUUUGUCUGUGGCGAGCAGAUCAAUUAUUUCCCGAAGCUGAAGGCUGAGGCAAAUAAUUGGUCUGCGAGACACUGACAAAUCACAAUAUUUUGCGAUAACCGAGGUCAAUAAUUGUUUUAUCAUGAAUUCGAUCACCGAGUUUGUUUUUUUAAUUAAUAUCCUUGGGAAGCUAAGCGAUGUGCCAUUUUCACGCAAGAGUGAUCACAAGAAGGAGAAAAGCACGGUUUCCUUUACACAUGAGCAGAAUAUUAUUUGCAGCCAAACACUGUUGGAUGGCAUUGCACAUGAACAGACCAUUAUUUGUAGGCAGUUAUUUGCAGGUCACGUGGUGGGUUCUCGGCCAAUGGAAAGAGAGAAAAGUUUGCUUCGAAUGAUAAUAGAUAUUAUUGAUAAAUCUCAUACAACUGUAUUAUAAUAGGGAUGUGAUUGCAAAUAUAUUACAAUUUAUCAAAUAAGAUUAUGUACAAUGUACAUGUAAUUUUUUGGCCUAAGUAGUUAAUGGUUGCCAUAAUUAUAGUCUAGUGAUUUUUUUUGGAACCUGUGUUAAAGGAUUUAAGAACUGAGCAACCUUUUAGCACAUGUUCAUGAUAAGCACAGGUCACUGCUUGAUAUAUUUUUCAAUAAUAUAUAAUUUUUCUGUUAGAAGAAUAUUGAUUUUUCUAUAAUUAUUUUACUAUUUUACAUUGUUUAAUUGUUAAUACAUUGUAUUUGCUAAAAAUGUGCUUGAGCAGAAAUUAAUUUAUUUAUGUAAGACAAGUUAGCUUUUAAUAGUUUGUUCAUUGUUUGGGUUUUUGUAUUGGAGAAACAUUUGACAUGAAAGGGGUAUUCAGAUCAUUAAUUAAAAUCUACUAGAAUGUAAACUGCAGUCAAUGUCUGCUCCUUUUGCCUUUAUAAAUAGAUUAAAACUGCUAUCUAAAAAAAUAUAAUUUAGAUGUUAAAACACAUGCACAUCAAAAAGCUGUGGAUAUUACUAAGUCUUGGGCUGAUAUAACCUGGUUCUUAGCAACAAUUUAACCCAUUAAAAUAUGCAGUUCGUAAUAUCAAAACAGGCCACAUGUACAAGAGCUAAUGUACCAAGCAUCACUUAGAGAUACAUGUAUCAAAAUCCUUUUCCUGAGUAGAUGCUGCAUUUACUCAUUUUGAAACUAGACGAGGAGCUAUCAAAUGUCCAGUUACAUCCAGCUCUAUAAGAAGUUUAAUGUAUGUUGUGAAUUGUUCUUUCUAAACUACAUUGUGCAGUCAUCAUGUACUGGUAACUUCCAUUCUUUGUGAUAUCAGACGAGGUUUUAUCAUCAUAGCUGAAGUGUAAGAAAGACUGGUUUAUGCAGUUACAAUUUCCAAGUCAAAGUGAAGGAAGUAAUUGGGUCAAUUUAAAAUGGUCUGCUUUAUAUUCAAACAGAUUCUAGAAAUCGGCUGGGUUUUAAAUAGGCUUAAAUUUCUACCUUGGCAAUACUCAUAGGUGUGGGUCUUUCUGUAUGGGUGACAACUUUCCUUGAUAAAAGUGUGAGAAUUGACCUGAAGUAAUUUAUAUUUUUUGCUUCUCAUGUUUCAGGUUUUUCAUUUUUUUCACAUUAGUUUUGGUGGCUGUUAACAGUGCAAUUUCAUCUUUGAAUUUUAUGUACACUGUAACAUGACCUAUUUCAUAGUUUAAUAGUAAUUAUACAAACAUGUAGUGUCCAUCCUGUAUAUAAAUGUACAUGUAGCCAGAUUAUUAUGCAAUUGUGCACCUAUGAUGUGCAGUGUAUCAGUAGUUAUAAAUUGGAUGCAAUGGUUUCUUAAAGCAAAAUGGAAAAGAUACAAAUACCUUGGCAGAAUAAAUUGAAUAAAAUAAAAUAAUUAUAUUCAUUAUAAUAUUUUAUAUAUAGUAUUGUAAUAAAUUAUAACUUACAGCUGAAGUAGGUCCUAGGCAGUUUGUCUUGAAGUUGAGUUUAUGACAUCUACAUGACUUGUACACCUGUAUAUAUGCAGGGAAAUCAGCAGAUUAAAAUUGCUGAUAAUUGAUGAAACUGUUUUUGGCUGUUUUAGUCGCACUCCCUAUACAUGAAGUUUGUUUCAUCAGUUUAUGUUUAUCGCAUUUAUUCAAUUAGGCGCCCUUGCCUUUAUGCUUUGAAUACUGCCAAAAAAUCAUCAUUCAUCAUCAUCAUCAUCAUCAUUAUCAAUCCUCAUUAUCUUUGACAUCCUUUUCGUUAUUACAUGUCUGUGAAUAUACGGUCAACUCAUUUGAUGUAGGUGUAUUUGACUCACCAUAAUCUUCUCUAUUCUGUAGGUUCAUAUCCAAACCAUUGGGAUUUUAGUUGGAGAGAAACAAGAACUACAAAGCACUGUCUCUCAGCUGCAGAGGAAGUAUGAAAUUAAGCAAAGUGAGUUCAACUAACUUCAUGUGGUUAUGCUCUGUUUUUCUGCUGUUAAUACUACUAUAACUUAGAUUUGUUUCAUUUAUAAACAGUGGACUACUUUGGACUUUGACAUGAUACUAUUGUACAGCAACUGUAAAAUUAUAAUAGUUAUUAUGAGAACAUUAUUAUUUUUGAAUGAGUUAGAAAGUGAUUUUACAAUAAUUAUUUUUCAAACAAGUCAUGUUUCAACCUCAGAAGUAGUUGCUUUGCUUAUGCACUCUGACUGACUCCAAGAGCUACACUAAAUGAUUAAACAUUUUUUCGUAGGUGAAAACACAGAACUGACAAGUAGAUUACAAACUGUCAGACAAAAAGCAGUGGAACUCGAGAAAAACCUGGCAAAUGUAACAGCCAGCUGUGAUAAAUACCAAGAGGUAAAUGCAUGCGUAUCUUUAAACACUGUGGAAGACUCAUUACCCCACCACUAAAGUGAGCUGACACACUGCAUUUAUAGUCACAUAAAAUAGUGUGUGUACUGUUAAAAAUAGCCUUGCCCUUUUACAUGAAAAAAGAUGUUGUUUUUAAUAUAAGCUCUAUGUGAUUAAUCUGUCUAUUAGGAUGCAAAGCGGUUUAGGCAAGAGAGAGACAAAUACCAAACAGCAAAUUACACCCAGAAGUAAGUUAUACAGGGACACUUAUUACUGUUGAAGAGCUGCAUGGAAAAAAGGCUUUUUGUCUUUUAUGUCCCAAGAGGGACCAACAUCAAUUUUCUCAUCACACUUUAAAUAGGUUAAGAGGAAGGUUAUGAGAAUUAGCAAAAUGAUUAUCCAAGGGAAAAUGCUGUGAUCUUUAAAUAAAUUCUGAUCUCUACUAAUGAAGGGAUUCAGAUCAAUCAGUCUGGAGAAAUAAUAAUUUGAUAUUGAGGCCUAAAGGGUUAAAGUGAUUCUUAGAAAACAUUUUGAGUGUCUUAUUCUCUCUUUUCUUGACAAUUUAGAAAUAAAAUCUAGCAGUUUAUGACACAGGGUGCAGGAGAGUUAUUUGUGACCUUGAUUGCAGUUAAAUUUUACAGUUGAUAGAGCAAUGAGCCUUUGUUUAUUUUAGAAUCGAAUAUGAACUUGACCUAUCAAACUGUCCUGCUACGGUGUUGCAAACCGGGUAAAAUAUCCAAUGUUUGGUGGGAAUGAACUUUGUCCAAAGGGUGAUGAUUUUACCUUCGCUCCUGUUAUUCAUCCACAGUCAUUACCUUCAGCGGUAGUGGAUGAUAUUUUACCAGACGAUUGAAUGCCGUUUCGUUUAAUUCAACAGUAUAAUUUUUAAACAAAGGCGAUGUAUGGUAUCAACUGUAGAAUUUAUCUACAAUCAACAAUCAAGGUCACAAAUAACUCCUCUGUGCCUUGUGUUUAUGGGUGGAAGUCAUUUGACGCCAUUUUUAUGUACGCCCUCAAUUACAAAUCUUCAAAUGCACAAGUUUACGCCCAGACUGCCAAUACAGAUGAACUUGAGGGCACGUGUGGACACAACACCAGCUACUUUCAUGUAAGAAGCUCCCAGUUGCAACAUGUAUGCUGUAACUCAGUUAAAUUGCAGUUCUGAAAAGUUGUUGUUCUAAGACUCUGAACCCAACAGACAGUAUUAUCAUUCUUUACAGUCAUGGAUAGUCAGCAGACUUGUUACAUGUAUUUUAUAUUUCGUUGGCUUGAUUGCAGAAUUGUUGUUUCAAGCUCUUGAACUAAUACUAUCCUUUUGAUUGUUCUUAUUUUCAGCCAAGAAAAAGAAGAACUCUUGCAGCAAAAUGCUGAACUUAAAGUAAAGUUGGAAUCCAAGGUAUGUGUUGUCAUUGUAAAGACUAACUUCAUGUUUGUUUUCUCUUUCUUUAUUAUAAUUUUCUGGAUCACCCUGAGACCUGUAUUAAAAUUUACUGCUUUAACUUAAUGAAUUGCCUCCACCCCACAACACCGCCCCCGCCCCACCUCCUCCCAAGCAAAAAUUUAAAAAUUGCAGAAUUCACAGAGAGCUCUUUAGUAAUUGGAAUGGGGAGAGGGGGGAGGGUGGGGGAAAGGGGGCUGGAACAAGGUAGUAAUUUCUGGGAACUUUUUUUGAGACUAUGGUCUGAAAAAGAUGGCUGAGUAGCUUACCAUUCAUACAACAGCUGUGACUGAUUGUAAGCUUAGGCCUUGUUAGCCUGAAGUUCAUAUGCUCGGGGCUCGAAAAAGGCCCAUCCCAUAGACAUCCAGCUCAAGUAUAUUUUCUUGCUGGGCAAAUCUUUAAAUGCUUACUUGGUCCAGGCAAGUCAUUCUCUAACAAAAAUAAUCAUCACUAAAGGACAAGCAAAAAGUGGCCCUAGACAAACAAAUUGUGAGAGCUGCUUGCCCAAGGGACAUUAGCUUGAAUUUAGAGCCCUGAUCCUCCUUUUUCUUUUGACACUGACCAUGAUUUUUCAGCUUGCGGAGUGUGAAGAGUUGGCUAAAAAUGAAUCAGAAUUGACAUUUAAACUUAAAAAGGCAGAACUUGUAGUACAACAGGUUUGUGAGUUCUUUGUAUUUUAGUAUUUUUGCAUCUUUAUAGUAACAAAAAAUGUCUUGAUUUCAUUUUUAUGCAGCUUGGCAAUUAUUACUCUGUGUACCUAUGCAGUUUGUCGCUGCUGGUCGGGGCUUUAGCCUCUGGCCAACCAUAAAACAUCCCCUGUGAGUUCUAAAAGACCUCUGGUACCCAGUGUACUUGUAACUAACAGCAGCUCAUUAGUAGCUUAAUGUGUCUCUUACUAGUAAUUGUGUUCAAGGGACAAUAUUAUAUAUGAUGCAAAUUGCUUAAUGAGGUUUCUUUUUUCGUGAUAUUUCGGUAGCUUUCAGGUGAGCCAGACACCUCUGCCAGUCACAAUUUCGUUCAACACCUACAAAAUGAGAAAGAGGAACUUGAAAUUAAAUUAGAACAGGUAAAAUUGUAGGUUUUUGAGUCAACUUAACUAGUAGCUGUAUUAUGAUUCCAUUUUCCCUACACAGUGUACAGAAAGAUGGCCAACAUGCCACAGAAAAAAUUGAUCACAUUAGCGUAGUAAUGUCUAGUUUGAGUUUCACGUGGUCGACUGAUUUUCUUCGAUAUUUGUGUGUUAUUUGGCAGCCAUUGGGCUGAAACCUAUGUGGUGAACGUAGCUAGUUUUUUUUUUUAAAGUGGCUUUAGUGUAUUUCCUUGUUCUUUUAUCUAUAUAGUUUGUAUUGUGUGUUAUUUAUUUACUUAAUUCGUUGUCACUAUUUUACCUGUCACCACUGUCUUAAAAGUAUCAUUUUACAGCUAGGCGCUCGCACGAAAACAUUUGUUAAUUUAGCUCCUAGACAUCCUCGCUAUCAUAAUGUAUCAUUUUAUGUAACAAUUUAUUCUUUUCUUCCCAUAAUCCAUCGAAGAUGUAAAAUUCCCUAGCUGGAUAAUAUAAUAAUAAAAAAGGUUGUUUGUCACUGUUUAUCACUGUUACAUUAUCACAGCAUCAUGCUCUGAUCAGAAAGACAACAAACGAAUGGAUCCUGUUAGGAUAUUAACGUUUACAUUAGCACAUCAUCAUAAUAUGUUCAUAAUUACUAUCAUCGUCGUCGUCAUCAUCAUCAUCAUCAUCAUCAUCAUCUGUACUUUGUGAAACAUAAAUUAAUUUUCCUGCAUUUGUAACAUUUCCUUUGCUGCAAAAUUUCAAUAGAAAGAAAUUGCAAUAAUCUCCUGCGCAUUCUUGUUCAAGAAUCCAACCAAUACCAUGGACACUUAGUUACAGUAGAUUUAUUUUGGGUCGGGUUUCAGAUCAAUAGCACAGUACAGAGACUUGCAUCUGACAAAGGAGAGCUUUUGCAGCAGCAUGCAGAUGAAGUAGACCAGUAUGAGAGAAGAAUAAGAUCUCUAACAGAGGAGGUUAGUUUGCUUUAGAGCAUUCUUAGAUCAUUCGGAUAGGGUCGCAUUUUCAAUAGAGUUACUAGAGUGGGGUCGCACUUUUUCUGAUUUUUGGGGUAAGACAGUUCUUCAUAUUUACGGUUAGCAAACGUACUAGAAUUUUUCUACUGUAGGUGGAAAGUAAAGUGUUCUUCAUUCAAUUUAAAAAGUGGGUCAAUUUAUUUUAGGAUGACCUGUUUAAAGGAUUGACAAUGUAUAUUCAUAAAUAGAAAGUGACCAAGUUGGGAUCGCGAAAAUUACAUGUUUGCCUAAAUGUGACUAAGAUGGGGUCUGUAAUUGGCCACAGAUUAGACUAUAAUGGGGUAGGGGCUCUGAGUGGCCAGCGGCACAUACCCAGCAAAAAUUAACCCAAGUAACCCCCUCCCACGCCCCCGGAGAUCAUUCUACAACUGGGUGGAAAUAGAAUACUGACAUUUGUUUUUCUUAUAAUAUGGCCCGCGACCAGGUAGCAGGGUUUGUAGCGUUCAUCCUGGUAAUAAUAAUAAUAAAGGUGCUGGGUGGAAAUCUUGUGUUUAAAAAUAAAACUAUGAAAUGUGACGUAGUGGGAGAACGGCCCGCCACAAAAUACGUCCAAAUCAGCUGAACAGACUAAAAAGAGUGGAGAAUUGCAUCGCCCUAAAUCACAGCCCAAUUUUUCCGAAGCUUCCCAAACGGUGUGGCGCUUAACAUUUGAUUUUCCACCCGAGAUUUCCGUUUUUCCUUCUAUGCUCUUAUUAGGUUUGCGAAGAAAUGUACCAAAAAGCGUUCUGCACGUGCAAAGGUGUUCUAUUGCUUUCAUGCCGUUCUUGUUGCCGUCACGGUCGUCGUUGCUAAAGCUCCCUUUUAUUGUUAUCCAGAAAUUUUGCCACCACGGUAACGUGACGUUACACUUCUCCCCUCUGAAAGCAAAGCAUGUAGGCACGUGACAUGUGGUGCUUUCUUUAUUAAAACGCAGUGGAAUUUUUUUGACCCGUCAGACCACUUGCAGUAUAGUUGGGAACCAUAAAUUUUUGCAAUAAUUAUAAUUUUCGAAAAACGAAAGAUUACUUCUGUUUUCUUGAAGAUGGAGAUGCAUGACAGAGAAAAAAGACUAUUAAUUGCAAGAGAGAGCGAACUUCAGGAAAGCAUGCAGAGUUUACAAAAGCAACUGGGUAUGUACCCUGUGGUAAAGUAAAAGAAAAAAACACACCUGCAUUUUUCCAUCGGCCCCGCCUCUCCCCCAAGCAAUGUUGUGCCGCUGUACGACUACCUUUAAGUGACAACAAAGGCCCCAACUUUGAGGGGAGGAGUGUGGAUUGUUUUGUUUCCAGAUUACCCCAUUUAAGGACGGUGUCUGAAUAAUUUUGUAGCCGAUUGUAGAUAAAACUUCAACUCGUUGAUAUCUGUAGAUUUAAUUUAGAUGUAUCAUGCGUAGGAUACCUUUAAGUAGUUAUUGCUAGCACAGGAAAUGAUGUUGUUUGCUUCUGUUUUGAUGUCAUUAAUAGCUGCUCUACGAGAUAGUGAAGCGACUCAGCAAGUGGAGUCAAUUCAACUUGCUGCUGCUGAAAUUGAAAAGUUGGCGGAAGACAAACAGAGAUUGGCUGAGCACUUACAAGAAGAGGUAAAGCUUCUAUGUCUACAUAAAGAUAGUAAUCUUACCUAAUAUACAGUAAAAAAAAACCCUGUAUUUGAGGGUCAAUGUACAGGUAUUUAGCACAGAAUUAGACUCUACUAAUUGAGGACACUCUCUUUACGUCUCCAGUCCAACUGGAAACGGGAUCUCCAUUUUACGUGGUCAUCGUAGCCGUUUGCAGGGCAAAGGUGGUAACUUCAUUUCUCAGUUUCUUUAAGACCUUGAGUAUUGGUCCGUCCCCGGGAACCGAACCCACGACCUCCCGCUCUGCAGUCAAGCGCUCUACCCACUGAGAUAUUGCUCUGGCGGUUAAUCUCGAAGGGCAACAAACAACAACAAAAAAUCUGUACUCUGGUACUAUACCACUUUGUUUUCAUCAAAAGUUCCAGUGGUUCUGUCAAUCUCACCAAUAAACGAAUACGAUUAGGAAGAACGUUUUGUAGUUGUCAAGUGUAACAUAUUAACAGUUAUUCUUUCUUACAGGGCAGAGAAAAUAGCAGGCUUUUAAGGUAAGUCUUACUUACCGUAAGACAUAAAUUUUUUUCAUUAAAACUUUUAUGUUGUUUUUCUAGCAUAGUGUACUACCAAGAAGUCUCCUUCAUGAUCACUGCGCGAAACAUUUAUCACCAUACUCAAAAUACGAGUUUCCUCCCUCUUUGUCCUCUUAUCUUAUACGAAUGUGGUGGGGAGAAGAUAAUUGGUCGCAUUUUUAACUUGCACAAGUAUGGUCUCUCAGUCGGAUUUUUUUGUUUUGUUACAUAGGUUCUACUGUACGUUUUUUUCAGUUGUUCAACUUAAAUUGAUGGUUCAUUCUUGUGUUUCUUCUUAGGGAACAAGAGCGGUAUUUGCUUAGAAUACAAGAGUUAGAGAUAGCCGUGGCUCGACUGGGAGAAGAGUCUAUUGAUAAAGCCACGCUCUUGGAAACUGCUCAGAGCGAUAAGGAGACCAUCAGCAGGUCAGCAUUGAAAUUACUUGGACCUUUACACUUUUUACGUUUUUACCGCCAAAAGUGGCCAAAGUCAAAAUUGGACAAAAUUUCCAAAUUUUAAUUCAUCCAAUGUAAGGGAAUUCAAGACCGUCUUGGAUUCUGUAUUCCACGCCGUGGAUUCCGGAUUCCAGUGUUUCUCAUUGAGCGUCAACGGAACUUGGAUUCUGGAUUCUAGUCGUUAGUGGGUUUCCAGAUUUUUCAGCUGUAUUUCGUAUUUCUAAGCCUAGGAUUCCGGAUUCCACAAGCAAAAAUUUCCCAGAUUCCGGAAUCCGUAUUCCCUUACAUUGGGCGCCUUGUCCUGAUUUCCAGAGCGUCUCCUCUUACUGUUUCUCUGUGUUUUUUGUUUUGUUUUUGUUUGUUUGUUUUUUUGCAGGGCUUUAAAACAGAACAAGGAUUUGAAGGAAAAAACAGAGGAACUUGAAAAGGGAUUUAUAACAAUGGUACGUUUGCAGUUAUUACAUUCAAAAGUUUGUUUGGGCAACAAUUCUCCUUGCAACAUGUGUCGCACCAAUAUUGUGUUUUAAGAUAGUUCGUAACAUGUUUUACCUACAACUACGAGGGGGUACAAAUUUUCAUGUUACUGUUGACAUGAGUGGGGUGAUACAACAAACCGCAUUUUAGACUUUUUGUGUAGUAUUGUUGUGUGAGAACGUGCAUGGAAAAUGAGGCCCACAUUUCUCGGCUAAACGUCGCUUAAAAAGUGAAGUCACAGUUUUCCUUCUUCAUUUUGAUUAUUCCAACUCACUUACUUUGUCAAAUAUGGGCGAACUCUCCUGGAGUUAAAUUCCAAAGAGCCAUGUCAAGCUUCAGGAAGAGGAAAAUUUGGCCGUCGCUUGUUUACAAACUCAUCUUCAUAAAACGUGAAACUAGGCAUUUUCACGUGGUGGCCAUGCAGUGACGGCAAGGAAACGUACAAAAAAAGUGUGAUGCACGUGCAGAGUUGUUUUUUUUUUUGGCUAAUUAAAACAUAUUGCUAUUUUGACGCUCUCGUUGUUUUUGCCCUCGUCGGAUCUUAAAGGUGAUGUUACACGAGUACGAUUCGCAACGACGAUUUUUAGCACAACAGAGCGUUGCAACAUUGUUGCGACAUUGUUUUGAAUACUUGCAACAUUGUUCCAACAUUGCAACGCUGUGUUGCGCUAAAAAUCGACUUUCGAAUCGUCCCGUGUAACAUCACCUUGACGUCCCUAAUUAAGGGGCGUCAUUUUUGUCCGGAUUUAGAUUUUCCCAAAGAAAUGCACUUUAUGUUUGUUACCUUGAAUACAGUCCUUUGAAAUUGAACUCCAGAAUAAUAAUUUAAAAAAGCUCUGAAGUUUGUCAGUUGACCGGACUGGGUUGUGUACAAGGGCAGGCAAGGAGUUAAACUCGGGACUACGAUUAACGAAGGAACAAAAAGUCCGACCGGACCAUGGUCGGACCAGACAUUUUGGCAAUGAAAGAGGCUUUUUCCAAGAGGAAAAACCAGCUUAUUUGUGCUUAAUAUUUAGGAUUUGACCGAUCUGGAUGGUUAGUUUGAUUAAAAGUGAAAUUCUCAUUAUGAUGGGAAUGGGCUCGCCGGUCAGUUCUGACAAAUGGAAAGCACCCUUAGUGUACACCUCUGAGUAGUCUGUUUUUAAGCUGUCUGUAGGUCACCAAAUGAAUGCCACCAUUUUCACACAUUCAUUGUAGUGUUACUUGGUUACUGACAAUGGAACCUCGAUAUAACGAAGGGCCAAGGGACUGGCAAAAUGUGUUCGCUAUAAAGUCGUUUCGUUAUAUCGAGGUUCAUUUCCAUAUGUUUUACUAUUACUGGGAAGAGGAAUAUGGUUCGUUAUAUCCGAGGACUUCGUUAAAUAGAAGUUCGUCAAAGCGAAGUUCCACUGUACAAUUAAAUUACAAUUUUUGCUCGAAAAAAAUGUUGUGUUACUAAGUAGAAACUGAAAAAAAAUACGGUGUAAUUUUCCUUUUUUAUUCUUCCACGACAGAGCCAAGAAAACAUGGAACUUACCAGCAGUUUGGAAACAGAGCGGCACAUGGCUAAGGAACUAGCUUUCAAACUCAGUAAUAUGGGAGUUGAACUUGAAGAGUCCAAACAAAAUGUGAGCAACUUUAAUUUAGACAACAGCCUCUUAUCUGUUAAGUCUCUAAAGGGCUUUUUCGGAAACCAAGGGACAGCUUACGGGAACAGGAUUUAUUUGAACGAGCUCGUAGCAAAGUUUAUGAUAAGAACGCAAGACUUCCUGGAUACUUGAUUUUCCCGAGUUAAGUCCAGAAGCGAGUCGAUUCCUUUUUUCAGAUUUGCAAGAAAACUCUCUGAGUGUAUUGAUAAGUUGAAUAAAAGUUUUAAGAUAAAGCGAAUUUCAUUUUGUCAAACAUUGGAAAACAAAAUUCAGUUCCUCUAACAACUCAUAAUGGAAUUUGUUACAAAUUGAGUUUGCUCAUAAAAAUGUUUUCAAACCUAUCGCUCUCUUUAUUUCUGUUGAAUAAAAUUCAGUUUUGAAUGAAUUACUCAGUAACUUUAAGUGCUGCUAGUUAAUCUUCAUAACUGAUUUAUUGCUGAAAGUGGUGCACUUUUCGUACCAGAUGCUUAUAAUCUUAAAGCUGUAGACUUUUGUUUCGUACCUAACCCCAAAACACCUUGUUUUGGUUCAGCUUUCUUCAAGGAAUGCUGAGAUUCAGUCACUGAGAGAAGAACUAGAGACAGCUUCACAAAGCCUUACAGAACAGGUAAGAUCUUUGAUCUAUCAGUGAGCUUAAGCAACGACGGCGACGACAAUGAGAAAGUCAAAGGGCGAGGCUGUUGACUCUUGCCUUCUGAUAAGCUGUCCCUCCUUGGAUGGUAACUCUUGGCUUGCAUGGGUGAAUUUCGGAGAACUUAACGCGGGCACGUGAAGUUAACAGGCUUUUUCUUGCGAGUUUUGCUGGAAGAAUCUUGAACCUUCGGUUUGCAGUCGUUGUUUUGGAGAUAACUUGAGGAUCCUUACUGAAAUUCCCUGGCAAAAACCUUAUAGUCUAAUAAGCGAAGCAAUUGCUUAACGAUAUUUAGAAGUUGACACAUGAGGUGUAUUUGCUGUAGACUACAGUUUGUUUUUGUGUUGCUUUUUACCUUUUUGAUGUCUUGUAUAACCUUAUUUCUGAGUUCUUUGCGCUAUAUUUUCUCAGGUUACCAAAGGUGAGAGUAUGAUCUCAUCACUACAGGAUAAACUGGACGUGUCCUCACAACAACUUCGUGACCAGGUAACUCGUCUUAAAAAGUAACAUAGCUUUUUGCAGUGCCCUACUUAUAGCUAUGAUGAACAUUUUACGAAAAUAGAAAAGUGAUUUCGGAUUUAUACGCUAUCCUAAGCUGUGUGGCUUGCCGGUCUCAAUUGUCUUGCAGUGCUGUAGUUUUUUUCUUUUUAAGGUCCGGUCACAGGCUGAAAUGAUAUCAGUAAUAUUAAUAAGUAAUAUUCGAGCUUGAUUUAAGUCUAAAUCGCUGUGUGAUUCCAGCACAAAUCAUUUGAGAUGGUACCUAAAGCUUUCAUUUCUUGAUAAAUUCUUGCGAUCUGUUACUCUGCUUUCGACAUAGCGCAAAUGUCGCAUAGGUUGACUUCGUACCAUGGUGGUAGCCGUCGUCAGUCUUUUACGACGAGUUUUAGCAAGAAUGUCGUAGGGGCGACAACAAGUUAUCAAAUGUUAAUAAAUUUUACCAUUUAGCGAUCGGAAGAGGGUUUUACUUCCUUCAACGGAAAUAAGCGUGCUAACUUUUGUGGUGAUAAAAAGUACCAUGAAACUUUCCGGGGUGUCUAUUUUUAGAGAAUAGACGAGAAAAUUGAAAGUUAAAUGUCGUCCUGGUCCUCGAAUCUAAAUUGCCAUCUUAGUCUGAACCCACAGUGAUGAAGAAAUGCUUCUUAUGUGUGUACUUUGGUAUUUGCAGUUGACACAAAAAGAUUUCGAAAUAGCUGCCGUUCGCGAGGAAGCAGACAUGUCCUCACAGCAUCUUAGGGCACAGGUAAAGGUUUGUCCCAGUGUCAAUAAGUUCUGAAUUUAAUUAUUUUCCUCAUUAUUUCUCUGUUACGAUCUGUUACUCUCUUUCUGGUUUUCCUCCAUGUGGUGGGGUUGUUGUGUUUAGUAACAUUGUGCUCUAACCGAAAACAUGUUUCUGUAAUAAAAAUUGCAGCUGUUUCCUAGUGGGUGCUGUGAAACCAAAAUUAAGCUACACUGUAUUGACUUACCAAAUACAGCAGUUCCAGCGAAUCUGUACAAUCAGAUCUCGAAGCAGACUCACGUACAGCGAAGCGUGGUAAAACGCGUGUAAGUCACGACUGUAAGUCACGUGGAAAAACGCGUGUAAGUCAAGACAGGCUUUGCCUUCGGUUUUCAUUGGCCGAAAAAGUGGCACGAGACUUUUGAACCAAUCAAAAGACGUAUUAGUGGAAUCAUAGACUAUUGCGGCCCUUACAUAGAUGAAAUAAAAGUUAAACGAUUUGCAAACUGUUAUGUGUCAUAGAGAGUCUUCAUUCCUUUCUUUUUCUGUUUUUUUUUUUUUUAGUUGGCCUCCCUAAAGAAUGAGCUCAGCCAAUCAGAGGCGAGAUUGACUGAACAGGUAGGCACCAAAACUGCUCUCGUUUAUCGCUGGCUGAACGAACAUAUAAGAGUUAUCGUGCUGUGUGACGACGAUUAAAAUUGAAGCCACUGAGAAGCGCCUUCGUAAUGUUCGGUAUUGGUGAAGUACACUUAAAGAUGAACUGUCCCUUAGUGAUAUUGUAAAAGCCGCCCCGAAAAAAAGCAAAAAUGGUCAUAAAUCUUAUAAAUUUUACUUUAACUGUGGAAAAGGCUGUUUACAGUACUGUACUAUGUUUACUUUUAGUUUCUUUUGAAUGAAGAUGACCACGAGCACAAGAAUGUAGCCGAAUUGACAAACAGGUUACAGCAAGAGUUACAGUUAGCUCAUGUGAGUCAAGGCUAGAUUUAUUGUCUUGUUUAUCUUGUUGGAGGACUCCUUAUUUCUUUUAUACCUUUUGGUUUGUUGAAAUAUUUUGGCCGCGGUAGAUUUAGUCAGUCGAUAGGGCUGCAAAGGUGGCUCUUGUGUACAGAGCGGGAGGUCGUGGGUUGGAACACCCAGACCGGACCAAUAGUCCGGGCAGAGAAAUGAAAACGUUACUUUAUCGUGCUAACGGCUUGACCUUCUCGUGGCUUGGGUGGUAGCUAGGAGACGUAAAAACAGUGUCCUCAAUUGGUACUUUCGUUCCGAGUGGGUUGACGAUCUUUGGGGGGCGAGGAUUGUGGUAUGAUGUUUGUCACGCCGAUAACAUACGAUGAAAAUACAAUUUCGUUAUGAACGUUGAGACAACGUUGAUCUUCAUUAUUAAUGUAACUCGGACCGAUGAUGAUCUAUCCUAUCGACGAUCUUCCUGGUUCUUGCCGUCAUUGUUUUUUGUCUUUGUAUUUGUUUAUUUAUUAUUUGUUACUUUCUUGACUUUUUAGGACACAAUCACCCAUUUAAAAGCACAGAACACUGAGUUGCAGGAAAUUUUAGCUACCUCCGAGAACCCGGACAGCAUGGAGCCUUCCGGAACUGAGAGUAGGUUCUCAAUUAACACUUUCCUUUGUUGUUAUCAUAUGAUAUUGGCCCAUUUGUAUUUACAAACGCAGAGAACGUAUAUAUCAAGACGCAACAAAACAAACAAACAAACAAACAAACAGACUUCAAGGUCUCGUGGGAAUUUUCUUGUUAGGUUGUUUUCCACCUUUUCUUUUACGUAAUCAAUGACUGUUCAUACAGAAGGACCCUAUGAUAUACUUCUACCCGGGCCCUUUUCUCUGUACAAGAACAGAUUACUUAAACCAAGAAACCAAACAAAACAGCAACAAAAACAAAUGAACAAUGAGAUCUCGUUGGGUAUUGUCUCUUAUACCUUUUCUUUUACGUUAUUGGUACCUGCACACACAGUAGGACCCUAUACUAUGCUUGUAACCUUGGAGACUGUACAUGAAAUCCCGAUGUGGGUUAAUUUUUCGCCAGCACUUGUGUCAUAUUGUGCCGUAUAAUCUACUGUGUUUUACAAGGCGGUGCUAACGUGUGGAACAGUGUAUCAUUUUCCAACUAUUCAAUGUUUAGAGUGAUUUUAACACUCAACUAUGGGCCCCUACAGCUCCCCCCACCCCACUUCCUUCUUCCGGAAGAUCAGCAGUCUAGACAGAAUAGGGUUACACGAGUCACUUUCUACAAAACUGGUAAGGUACGGUAAUGUGAACUUUGUAGAAUUGCCUUGGCAAAGUUAACAUGUGGGUGUAUGCUCCUUGUUAUGACGAUUGCCAAUUUAGCUUUCUCUCUCACCGCCUUGAUGCCAAGGUGUAGGGAGCCUACAAAUUUGACAUUUUAGACUGCUUGCAGUCCGCCUUUUCUCUUAAAAUUCGGCAGAGUUCUCAUCUCAGCCAGGGCGUUUGCAAACAAGGCCUUUACAAAAAGGGAUUGGGACAAGACGAAAAAAGACAGACUGCGAACUCUGCUUUGCCACGGAGUGCCCCUCUUUAUUUUGAGCCUGUCUUUAAGCUUUGGCCUUUCCACAGGUUCAGACGAAGACGAAAUCUCCAAAUCAGUCCAUAGAGGCUCGGGUGUGACGCACCAGCACAAUGGCACCACAGACAGCGAAAAUGGCGACAUUCAAAUCAAGAGGAUCCCACCUGACGUCAUACCACUGCAGUCUACAGAGCACAUGAUGGAGGAGGCGCCACCAUAUAUGAACGGAGAUUUCAGCGAGAGAGAAAGCCAAGUGGAGACCGAUUCCAGUGAGGAAAUGAACAUGGCACCUCACAGAACAUUACAUUCUUCACCUCCUCCUUCUAAAUACACUGACCGGGAGGAUAUGGUACGUGGUUACUUUAUGUGGCAUUAUUUUUUAUUUCCAUAGUCUAAUUAGCUUUUUAACGUAAAUUGAUAAGAAGCAAGUUGCACGGGUCUACUGCUAGUAGUCUCUGUUGGAUGGUUAGAUGGGUGUGUGGAGAGCUCAAUGGGUGAACUGAGAGAUAGGUGAGUUAAUAAAUCGACCACAAUUUUCCAUGGUCUACCCUCUUACUAGCCUGCGAACAGCAGACGCAUUUCCGGUCGUCGCUUCUCUCCCUCCGAAAAAUAGCUAUUUUUCGGAGGGAGAGAAGCGACGACCGGAAAUGCGUCUGCGGUUCGCAGGCUACCCUCUUACAGACCAUAAAAAACUUAAGUGGUUUCUCUGCGUCAUUUCUAUGGUCUAUAAGAGUGUAGACCAUGGAAAAUUGUGGUCGAUUUGUUUUUUACAAUAACAUUUAUUUUUUUAUGAAAAACCAAAAAGAAAACAACCGACACUGCGUGACAUGUUACCUCAUUUCCAUUGUCUAUACUCUCAUAGACCAUAGCUCUCGACCAAUCAGCGCGCGAGGGUUCGCUCAGUUAUUGUAAAACAGGUGAUGGUGAUAGUGAUGAUGAUGAAGAUGAAUAGGAAAAAGACGAAGAAGAAUAUGAUGAUUAUGAUGAUGAUGAUGAUGUGCACUUGGUACAGCGGGCUCAAUUAUGACCAUCGAUUUAUCAAUAAACGGAUGUUCGCAUUCGGCAAAUCAGUUUGAUAAUAAAGAACAAGAUUUACUAGUCCAGAAGUUCGCACGUCGGUGACUUUAAAGGCUUGGCGCAAUUCAGGCAGAGCCUCCUUUCCCCUUCUCACUCAAGACUAAGUCAAAAGGAGACUCUGCUAGCGGGAUGUAGCCUCUGUACAGAACCCCCUUCCCUCCCCUCAGGAAAAAUCUAUUUUUUUUUCCUGAGGGAAUGGGGGUGGGGGGGUCUGUAUACAGGCUAGCAGGAUGCCUUUGCAUGCAUUUGAAAAAUGAAACUUUGUGCUGUUGCUUUUGUAGGUGGAUUCACUGUCAGCUUCCAUCCGUCAGUUGGAGAUGGAGCGAGACCAGUUGGCUGAUAUUUUACACAGAACUCAGGAUCAGCAAGAGGAUGAUAUUCUAAGACUGCAACAACACAUGGAGUUACAACUCAAACAACAACUGCAGCAGCAAUACAGACAAGUAUGUCAGCAAGAAGAAAAGGGAAAAGCAACAAACAAAACAAGAGUUCAAUGAUCUCUCGUACCAUCAAUUUUCCGUACAUUUUUACUCUUCAGAAAAUAUAUGAAAGGGUUAAGAAAUCGGUCAUGUCGGUCUGAAAAAGUUAUGAAAACGUUUUGGGUUUGUGAUUUAUUCAUGUUUUAAAGACAGCGCUUUUACGUGCAAAGUUCUAAACUAGGUAUGUGAAAGCGGUACCAUUUGUAUAUUGAAGGUAUGCAAAAGGGGAACCUUUUUUGUCAAAAACGGUAUAUAAAAGGGCAAAUGGUUGGACCUCGGGGCGGAGCCUCCCCUUAGAAAAAUUUGUUGAGUAGAAUGCAAGUAAUGAAAUUAGUCUUUGAAAGGUACCCCAACAAUCCACUUCCUAUAAUCUUUCCAGAUUCAAGAGCAGUUCCAACAACAGCUUCAUGAGCAACAGCAGAAGAUUCAUCUGCUUCAAGCCUUGGUAGAGAAACAGAAGGAGCAGAUAGAGAGAAAAGAGGAACCUGAAUUACCUAACAUACCACUGGAUCAGAUUGAACAGGAGGACGUGCCACACGAUGCUAUUAAGAUGGCUUUCAGUAAACUGCAGGUAUGAAACGUAUCUAGCGUGACACACUUUAUUUCUGUCACGCAACUUUAAGGUGGUCUCGCAAGAAUUGAAAGCUAAAGGACGGUUUUCUCUUCUUUUGGAGUGUUUACGUGUCGCUUUAACUUAAGGAUUUGUCGUAACAUCAGCAUCUGCGUUUGGCGUUCAGCGUUCACGGAGUCUGUCAUUUACUGUAGGUUUAUUAUUAAUCACCUUCCUACCACUGUCAUCAGUGCCAGAUCCAGACCUUGAGAGAAGCGGGGGGGCCCGAUCAUCCAGACCCUUAAAUAAAGGAGGGGGGGCUGGUCUCCCAAAACGAUUUGGGCCUCAGUUUGGUCUAAAAAUAAGGGCGGGGGGGGGCACUGGUCAUCAAUUUAUCCUUGUUGGAAUUCAAUAUUAAAACUUAUUCUUGAUUAAUAACAGUUAUGAUUUUUACGUGGUGAAAGGCACGUUCAAAACCCACGUUGUGGUUGUCGACAUCGACGGAUUAAGUGGCUAUCGGCUGUAGGUUACAUAAGUCACAUGUUAACACGUAUAACCAAAACAACAUCAACAACAACAAGGUGGGGGGUGGGGGGGGGGGGACAAAACUGUUGCCAGUGUUUUGUCAUUUCGCUUGCUGCAAUUGCACUUAUUUAGUUUGUUUUGUUACAGGCGCGGUUUAUGAAGUUAAUGAAUGAAAAAGCCGCCUUAAUUGAGAGAAUUCAAGAACUUGAACAUGUUACGGUACAACUUUCUAUGGAAACAGAAACUAUCGGUGAGUACUAAAGAAGGUUGUUUGCUCGUAAAGUUUGCGCUAAGCAAUUGUGGAACCUUUUACUUACUCACAAGCGACUUUAACUUGUGUUUGCGCUUAUUUUUCGUAUCCCGGUUUACACUUAUAACCCAUCCACGGCUAAUCAGAAAACUUAGAAAAUUUUGCUAUCCUCUACAAUUCUAAUGUUGUGUUUUCAUGUCCUUUACCCAACUACGUAUAGCAUGGUUUACUAGAUUUCUUUCUUUAUUUUACCCAGGAGAGUAUAUCACUCUCUAUCAAACCCAAAGGAAUGCUCUGAAGUCUUAUUAUAAAGACAGAGAAAGAAUGAUCGCACAACUGUCCAGCGAGAAAGCUAACAUGCAGGUAAGGAGAUUACUCGGAUCUCUCAUCGAAUCUCAGUUUGCUGUAUACUACUUACGGUGCGAUUAUUUUGGAUAAUUGGUGGAUAAUUUUGUGCUACUGUGAUUGGUUCCUUGUCAAAGGAAUCUUUCAUGUAUUUAUUAUUAUUAUUAUUAUUAUUAUUAUUAUUAUUGUCAUUAUCAUUUUUCUUAUUAUUAUUAUUUAUCAUUAUUUUUUCUAAUGCCUAACCUUAGUGAAGGUGAAUAUUAGCGACCUUCUGUUUUCUCUAAGACCACUAGUCACUACGAUCAAGUGCUAUCAGUGAUAAGUAGUACUGGUAUUGAACGCCCAAACUGACUGGCUGUCUUUUGCGCCAGAAAGUAUGCAACUCGUGCCAUGCAUUGUAAACCUUUCUACCAUGAACUCGUACAAGAAAUUAUGCAGCCUUAAGCUUUCAUGGUAUUGCAAAAAAGAUGAGAAUCCCACAUGGUCUACUCUGCGAAUUUAGCCAUAUCUCCCCCUUCUUUGCCGCUAGGCACGUUUCGAAACGUCCCAAGCGGCGAAGGGCAAGGAGAGAUGGCUGUAUUCUGAGGCUUUCAUGGGCCGGGAUUCUUUUCGAAAGUUAUGAUUGAUUCUAGAUGUUUUCUUGACUUUAAACACGUUUGGUUUUCUAGGAUAAGAUGAACCAACUUCAAGACUUGGUCAAACGAAUGUUGGACGAAAGGAAAGAACUGAGAAUUCAGCAGCAACAGCUGCAAAACGUGAUAAACAGCAAAAUGGUCGCGCACGAACACGAGUCUGCCAUCUCGUCUUUCCAAGAUGGCGACGAAAUCAUCGUUCCGCAAGCAGAAGCUAGCGUCACGAGCGAGACAAAUAGUCAAACAAUGGACGAUAGCGAUCGAUCGAGAAGUUCGUAUCUCGAGGAAACAGAAACCGAACUUAGUCAUAUUAACAGUGAGAAUGAGUUGGACCAAAAUGACGGCACUGCUCGUCAAAUUUUACAGAUACUAGAACAGUUGGGUCCUUCCGAGGAAGGCACUCGAAAAGGAUGGUUGUCGCCGGAUGUACGGGACAGAGAGUUCUUACCUUGUCGAUACUGUGGUGGGCGUGUACUUAGAUUGUAGUAUUAUAAAUUUGGUAUUAUUAAUAGCAAGAAUUAAAAUUAUUUAACACUUAUCCUACUAAAUAGGCAGAUAAGUUCAGAUAGAUUACUAGUCCAAAAUAAAAACCAGAGGGAGGAGCUCAAAAAGCGUUUUCCAUUCUUCUUCCGACCGGAAUGUCGCAUUUUUGUACUAAAUUUAAUGGGUAACAUCCUUAGAAACACUUAAUUCCUUGGUAAACUGCGGGGUCAGCGAUUUGACUAUGACCAAGUGGUGUCGUUAAAUGGUCAAGCAACUCACACUCCUCAGAGAGUAUUUCUUUUUAGAUUAUUUUUAGAAGAAACGUGUUGGGCUAUUCACCUUAAUUAACCUUGUAGGAAGGUUUUAGAUUGGCGAAAUCCAGACCAAUGUCAUAUUUAUUUGGGAAUCAUUUAGAUGGUAAAGCGAAUCAAUCGCGUAUAUGGUUCCUGCGAUAUAGAUGUGGGGUGUUUUGGAGAUUUAUUGCAAAUACACUAUGUACGUGUCAAAAUAAACCACAUUUUCGUACGUUUUAAUCAUUCCAUCCCAAACCUUCGAGGAAACAGGCUAUUGCAACAUUUCAAUCAAUACUCUUCCGUAUCACGUUUUGUCACAUAGAUUCUCAAUCCAUUUGGUUGUGCUGUAAAUUAAUGACUUGGCUUAUUUUGAUCUUUUCAUUGCCGACAUUGGUUUACAACUGUAAUUUGUAACGUUCGAGUCGAUUUGCGAAGUCGUAUGUGUUCUUUGACAAGCCGUAGUGGUUGCUCUGUCCGUAGUAACAUAUCAAAGAUCAAUAUGCACUCAUACCUAGAUCUCCCACGGCCAAGGAGUCGCAGAGUGAUGUCUGGUUAUGAGAUUGAGAUCAACAAUUCAGGGUUGUCACUAAGAUUUCAACAAGUAGACGGGAAAUCAAACGGCUAGGGGUUUCUGUUGGGUCUAGUUUUCUUCUGUUUCCCUUUGAAAGUAGCGGGGGCCAUGUUCAUAGUAGCCGGGGGAAAUCCCCGGGCCGCGCCUCUUAGUGACAGCCUCGAACAUUAUGCGCCAUAGUUUUAGAUCAACAAUGGAGGUCACAAGUGUUGCGGCCUUUCUAGUGAUACAUGUCAUGAAAACGAGUGAGCUAACCCCCCCCCAACCCCAAACAAUGCUGAAUUUUGAGCGAAAUUGGCAAAAGUGGAUCCUUUUUUCGGGUGCAAAAUUUCUUAGGAAGGGGGUGGGGAGAGAAAGAAUGGAAUGGAGCUAAAGCCGAUCAAAAAGUUGUUAUUUUCAGCACUUAGAUGAGCUUUUUCACAGUGUUCCAAGUUCUUUUGACCUCCAUUGAAAUAUAUUUAAAAUAUCUACUUGCGUUUUGUCUGAAUACCUUAUUAAUAACUAACACACCCCACCCUCCCUCGUGGAGUAUAUUGAAUUAGAGAAGGAAUGAAACUUGUCAUAUUAUCGCCUCUAUAAAUCAUCGAUAUAAUUUUAUUUCCAUAGUCCAGGUAUGGUACUCUUUCUGUCAUGCAAGGCUGCGCUCUUGCAUUGCGUGACAGGGAGAGAGAAAACUGGACUGACACAAAACUAAUUACGGCCAGUGGAAAUAGCGUUUGCCAAGUAAGGCCUUAAAGAUUGAGGUAAAUUGUGCCCGUAGAAGGUAAUUAACAGCUAGGACGUACUUGCGUUUGCCUACGUUUUAUUGUGGAUUCAGCCUUGAAGGGCACCAAUUAAAUUAAUUUUAUGGAAACGAAAUAAAAGAAGUAAUAAAAUUGACUAUUCCUGUG